AAUUUGAAACAGCGACCUAAAACUAUGAAUAAUGCAGAGACCGAGAGCAGUCCACAUGAGUUAGCUUACAGAAACCUUGCACCCAUUUGCUGUCUGAAAAUGUGAAUCUGACCAAAGCUGGCUCGCAAGGUAUCUCUACUUGGCAUAUGCUACAUAGGGAACCUGCUUGUGCUUGAUAUCAGAUCUCCGCAGUCAUGCAUGAGAAGUGAGCACCGCCAGCCGACGAGUUUGUCCCUUCCGUCUUUGCUUAGUUGCUAGAGAUCAAGCUAUUUUACACCAAUGACCAAUCAACCGCGGAGAAGGAGUAUUUACUUGAUCGAUCUCCUGGUCUUCAGAUGGUCAUGAGUAGGUAGCUUGUACUACCUAAGUAAAUGGUGCGGAAACUCAAAAUACGAUUGGGCGGAUCAGCAAGCUGCAUACAAAGUGGGAUGAGUUGUGCUCCGGGUCGAGCAGUAUCUGUGCAUGUUGCUGUCCGAGCAACCUUCAGUAAGGUGUUCAAUUUUGUUGAAUCCGAAUUUCUAUUUCUGAAGAGCACAAAGCUAGGUACGUACGCAGUAGGUUGCACUGAAGAAGGUUCAAAGACAGACGGCGGGCGAUCGCGUUCUUCUCCAGUAUUUUUUGAUCGGCAACAUAUCCUUGUACAUACCGAGCACUCCGUACCAAGUGACAAGCUGCUGCUAUUUAUCCCCGUCGUCAAAACGAACCUGAUGGCUCGCCAAGCGGUGUCAUGCUCCGUCAAGUCCGGAUUGGGCUUGCGCAUAAGGACAAGAGGGACCGUGCCGUUUCACACAGACAAGCCACGCUACAAGAACAGAGAUGGGAGAGUCAAUGUACAGUACCAAAUCCCCGGGCCUGGCGACAGUAAAUUGAAGAUCACUUUUCCCCGACCUCCCUCGAAGGGCCAUUGCGUACGAUCAAUCGUCGUCACUUGGAUCUUCUACAAAGUGGCUUUCAAGGGAUGCUUUGGUCCCUGCUUGCCAGUCCAAAAGAUUGUGUAACUUUCAGAACUGACGUGUUGGAAGAUGCACACGAGCACUUCAUCUUCCCGCUGCUGCACACGGCUGGUGACAUAGGCGAUAUCAUGGGUGUUGCCUUCAACUCCACAGCUCAGGCGGGCCGAGUCGAUCCAGAAGAUACUCAGGCGGGUGAUCCUUCUGCCAUGCUUCGAGUAGC